CAUGCGCAGUUGCUGCGCGCUCUCGCCUCACGCAUUUCUAUCCCCGGGCGCGGCGGGGCUGCGUCGGUUCCUCCUCCCACCGCCCUCUCUCCUUCUCCUCAUCCCUCCCCGGAGCAUGUGAGGCGCAGCCCCCGCCCGCGCUCCCCGCUCGGGGCCGGGCAGUGCCAGCUCGCCGAGCCCCCGCUCGCCAUGAAGAAGUUUUCCCGCAUGCCCAAGUGCGAGGGCGGCGGCGGCGGCGGGGCGGCGGCCGCGGGGACCGUCGGCAGCGGCGUCGUCCUGGGCAGGGGGGUGGCCGUGGGGCGGCACCAGGUCACCCCCGAGGAGCUGCUGGCCGAGGGUGGCUUCUCAACCGUGUUUCUGGUACGAACCCAUGGUGGGGUACGUUGUGCACUGAAACGAAUGUGUGUGAAUAACAUGCCGGAUCUCAAUAUAUGCAAGAGAGAAAUCACAAUUAUGAAAGAGCUAUCUGGGCACAAGAAUAUUGUGAGCUAUUUGGAUUGUGCUGUUAACUCCAUAAGUGACAACGUUUGGGAGGUGCUCAUUCUCAUGGAGUACUGUCGAGCUGGGCAAGUUGUCAAUCAGAUGAACCAGCGUCUGCAGAUGGGCUUCACUGAGUCAGAAGUACUGAGGAUAUUUUGUGACACCUGUGAAGCUGUUGCCCGGUUGCACCAGUGCAAAACACCUAUAAUUCAUAGAGAUCUGAAGGUGGAGAACAUACUGUUAAACGACAGUGGGAACUACGUUCUCUGUGAUUUUGGCAGUGCUACUAACAAAUGCCUUCAUCCGCAACAAGACGGUGUUAAUAUGGUUGAAGAAGAAAUUAAGAAGUACACAACACUAUCGUAUAGAGCUCCCGAAAUGAUCAAUCUGUACGGAGGAAAACCAAUUACUACCAAGGCAGAUAUCUGGGCACUUGGUUGCUUGCUGUACAAACUUUGUUUCUUUUCACUUCCCUUCGGAGAAAGUCAAGUUGCCAUUUGUGAUGGAAGCUUUACCAUUCCGGACAAUUCUCGGUACUCCCACAGCAUGCACUGUUUGAUAAGAUAUAUGCUUGAACCAGAUCAGGAACAGAGACCUGAUAUCUUUCAAGUGUCUUACUUUGCCUUUAAACUCUCUAAAAAGAAUUGUCCAGUGUCUAACAUUAAUAAUUCUCCUGUCCCUUCAACUCUUCCUGAGCCCAUGACGGCUAGUGAGGCAGCUGCUAGGAAAAGCCAAAUAAAAGCCAGAAUAACAGAUACUGUUGGACCAACAGAAACCUCAAUCGCACCGCGACAAAGACCAAAGGCCAACUCCAGCACUGCCACUUCUGGUGUGCUGACGAUCCAGAGCUCCGUGACUCCAGUCAAAGUACAAGUUCCUGGUGAAUUCGGUAACCGUGGGCAGAAAGGAACCCCACGGCCUGGGAAUGGACAAGCAAUCCUACUGUCCCAUGGGCCCAGCCAGCCCACCCCGCAGCAGCACCGAGUGCUCCAGCAGCUGCAGCAGGGAGACUGGAGACUGCAGCAGCUGCACCACCUACAGCACCAGCAGCAUCAGCCUGCUGUGCAGGACGCUUACCUCCAGCAGUACCAACAAGCGAUGCACCAGCAGAUGGUCCAACAGCAGCUGUUGAUGCAGUCUGUGUACCAGCAGCAGCCUCCGCAGUCUCAGUAUCCUGCGAUGGUGCAGCAAUAUCAGCAGGCUUUCCUACAGCAGCAGGUGCUGGCGCAGCAGCAGCGAUCGCAACAGGCACAGUCUCCUGAAUAUAUCACUUCUCCACAAGACUUCUCACCAGCCUUAAUCUCCUACCCUGGGUCUCUCCCAGUGUGUUCUGGAACAGUGGUGGAUUCUCCUUACCCUGCAAGCAGGUCAGGAAUUCCUGAUGUCGAAGCAAUUGCUGGCUACCCAAAGCAGAGCAUUAGCAACCCACCUGACAUGUCAGGCUGGAACCCGUUUGGAGAGGACAAUUUUUCCAAGUUGACAGAGGAGGAGCUGCUGGACAGAGAAUUUGACCUGCUAAGAUCAAACAGGCUGGCGGACAGGAGAGCAUCUUCAGAUAAGAAUGUGGAGCCGCAUUCUGCUCCACAGAACAAUCCUCCUGAAGAUCCCUUUGGUUCAGUUCCUUUCAUUUCUCACCCAGAUUCCCCUGGAAAACAAGUGGAUAACUCAGCUGGCGACCAAGGAAAUAACUUAGGGACCCCAACCAAGGCUGGAAAACUGAGCCACGCUUUUAGAGAUCUCCGUCCAGGGAGGAAAACUGCAGAGGGACAAGUGCCAAAAGGUGGUGAUGAGUCAGAGAGCGAUUUUGAAUCUGAUCCGCCUUCUCCUAAGAGCAGCGAGGAAGAAGAAGAACAGGAAGAUGAAGAAGUCUUGCAAGGAGAGAAUGGAGACUUCAUUGAUGACAAUGACACAGAACCAGAGAAUUUAGGCCACCGACCUCUCCUCAUGGACUCGGAGGAAGAGGUGGAAGAAGAAGAGGAGGAGAAGCAGAGUUCUGACUCUGACUCUGAUCGUACGAAGCGAAAAUCUGUGGAAGGGCUCCUGAGCAGUAGAUUCAGAGAUGGCGCGGGCAGCGGUGAAAUCGAAGAACUCAGCAAAACGCGCGCGUCCUUGUCUGAGGUGCCAGGUACUGUCAGCAAGGUGAACCCUGGCCAGGAAUUCGAUGUGUUUGGGGCCGUGCCCUUUUCUACUCUGCACCCUCAUGCAAGAGAGAUGAUAGACAACGCUAUCUCUUCUCAGAUGGCUUUUCCCAGCCUGACCCAACAGCAGGAUGACUUUGAUGUGUUCACCAAAGCCCCCUUCAGCAAAAAGGUGACUCAGCAAGACGGGCAGGUGGUGGGGACUGAGGCUCUGCUCUCCCCCACCUCUCUGCAGAGUGUCGAUAUUUUCGGCUGUACUCCAUUUCAGCCUUCCCCACUCCCUAAGAGCAGCGAGAGUAAAGAGGACUUGUUUGGGCUGGUUCCUUUUGAAGAGAUCACAGGAAGCCAGCAGCAGCAGAAGGUGAAGCAGCAACGUAACCUGCAGAAGCUAUCUUCCCGACAAAGGCGCAUGAAGCAGGAGGUCUCGAAGAACAAUGGGAAGCGCCACCAUGGCACCCCAACCACCAUGAAGAAGGCAUUAAAACCAAGUUAUCGCACCCCAGAGAGAGCCCGCAGGCACAAGAAAGCAGGACGCAGGGACUCACAGAGCAGCAACGAGUUCCUGACCAUCUCGGACUCCAAAGAGAACAUCAGUGUUGCGCUGACUGACAGCAAAGAUCGAACCAACCCUCUGCAGGCAGACGAGAGCCUGCUGGAUCCUUUCGGAGCCAAACCCUUCCACCCGCCGGACCUGCUGCGGCACCCCCAGCAUCAAGGGUUUGGUGACAACCGCGGGGAUCAUGGUGCAGUAGUAGUGGCUGGUAGACCCCGGCAGGGCUCCCUGCACGGAGCCAUUCACGGCAGCGAGGGGCUCAAAACAGAUGACUUUGGUGCAGUACCCUUCACAGAACUGGUUGUGCAGAGUGCACAGAGCCAGCAGCAGCAGGCGCUGGAGUUGGAUCCGUUUGGAGCAGCUCCCUUUCCUUCCAAACAGUAAAUGUUUCCACUGGGUUCCCCCCCGACACCUCGCUGAGUUACUUAAUAGAGGGUUUAAUUAGUGGCGUUUUUUAUCUGUUGGAAUUCAUAGAGUCAUGGGUUGUACAGACUGUUCAUGUUCGAGAAGGCGUGGCCAACUUGCAGGAUGAAACCGAGAAUGAUGGCAAUUUUUAUUGUUUUUUUGGGAGAAAAAGAUAAAAAAAGCAACCCAAGGGCAUCGUUUUGACAGAUGGCUCCAGAAUGAAAAGGGCGAUGGGAUGCGAGUUGCUGUCUGUCACUGACUGUGGGCCCUGGCGCAUGUUGUCACGUUGCACUUUUGCAUUGCCUUUUCAGCCCUCUGGGAUGCGCUGAGCUGGAGGGAGGGAACGGGCAGAGAUCCCAUACAAAACCUUUCCUGUGGGUGCAGGUAGGCAAAUGGAACAUGGUGGUUCUUCACAUCUUGGUCACAGCAGACCUUAGCAACAAAAUGAAUGUUCUGCUGGAAACAGUCAGGUCUUCGCUUCUGAGGUGAAAACAAUUCUUAUUAAUCAUAAAAAUAAAGAAGCCGAGUUCACUGGGAGCUGCGGCCCCAAAUUCCAGAGCUCGGCCGUGGCUCAGGACCUGGCAGACAUCUAUGCAGCUGCGGGGUUAAAGGCAGACCGAGUUUCUGUGUGCCUACAAGGUCAAUUUAUUUUUUUUUUUUACAGUAAGUGCCAUUAAUGUAAAGUAGCAAACUGGAAACUUAGAGGUAAAAUAAGAUACGAGGAAUACACUGGUUUGUGAGACACAAAGCCUGAAUGUAGGGGGCAAACCAGCAGGGAUGCGGCCAGGGUUUGCAGCACUUCGGAGACUACUCAGCACGCUGGUUUGCACAAGGAGGUUGUUUCGCACAUGGAGCAUUCUGGAUGGCUUGUGCAAUUGACUGCGGGGUGCAAACAUUGGAUUUAUUUGAUUACGAAUUGGGGUUGGUGUCUGAAAAUGCCUUUUCUUUUUCCUCUUGCAUUUACAUUGCAAAGAAAAUGUUUAUUCUUUCAAGCCUGUUGUUUUUUAAACAAUAAUAAUUGUCUGAGACAAAUGCAACCUAACAUUCUUCUAAGUUGCCAUGGAUCUGCUGUUGUUCUGAAGGGCGUUUGGAAAGAAAGUUCUGCCAAAUGCACUGAGUGUUGAGGGAACAUCCCUGGCCCUGGGUCUGUUGCAGGACAGGAGCGGCGAGAGGCAGGUCACACGCCAGCGCUGUACUGAUUGCCACCGUGCCAGGAACCUGCAUUCCGCACCAUGAAGCCUUACAGGCAGGAUGGGUCCUGCCGCACUCAGUACCUUGGAGGCAUGGGAUGUGGCUUGGGAGUGUGUGGUGCUGGUGGGGGACGGGAAGGUGAUGCUCAUGGGCUUCUCGAGGACAAGAUUCAAUUCUGGUGAUGGAGCAGUACGUGCUGGGGAUAGGCAGGAUGGCUUCUCUGCUGCCUUGCAGGUUGUGCCAAGACGUGUGCCGUCGGCAGAGUGAGUCUGGUUCAGGAUGGUCCCAUCUCUCUGCCUUUUCUCCGUGGCAAUCCACAACAGGAGGUGGAAGGAGGCAGUUCCUCUGCUUGUCUCUGCUUGAUGUCCUCGCUCUGCUGGGUGCUGAAGAGUGGGAUGUUUGUGUGUGGAGGGCAUAUUACAGACUGAGGGUCGUGUGUCCCGGUCUCCUCCGCUUUUGCAGGAAAGCAGGUGAAGUGUUUAGGGAGUGCAUUUAUGUUCAGUCUCCUCCUGGUUACGUGGUUGUCCUGAGGUCUAGAGGGCAAAAAUUCCUUACGAUAGUGGUUGAAAACAGUGCAUGUAACACCAGUCCUUUGGCUCCUUUGCAGUUGGUCUGAUAAAACACUCCUCUGGGGACACGUGAGGUGGCUUCUCCUCAUCCUGGAAUUGGGAAGCAGCUCAUCCCUAUCUGUACACCUUUGUUACCUUCAUAUUCCUCGUUUCUGUUUCUCACGGGGUGUGAGAUAUUAAAGCUGUGCUUGGUUGCGUUCGCCUUCUUCAGGCUUAGAAAUCAAGCCCUGGGGAGGUGAUGCGUAGAAACGUUUUGGCUCUAUUUGCACAGGGUUUCUUAGGCUUUAUCACUGCUGUUCUCACCUGGGUGUUUCGUGCCAAAGGCUGCAAGAAGCACACGCGAAGUUCUGUAGCAUUUUCUGAUUCUCAGGUUAACUAUUUUUGUGGGUUUUUUUCCCCUCUGCGUGUGCUUACGAGCUGCCUUCCUGCAGUUUCCUUCCGAGCUGUUCUUUACCUGCCCAAAGAGCAGUCAGAGCAGAAGUCUUUGACAGCUGGGGUGGGUGGAAACAUAACGAGAAUAAAACGGGGGGCAACUGACCCAUGGUCUGCAAUGCAGCGAAUCGUCGCCACAGUCACACAGCCACUGCUUUCUCUGGUGGGAAAGCAACUUCAGGGUUUGCUCGGCCACUUGGUGCCGGAGGAAGGGGGUAGCGACGUGCAGGCUCCACUGUCCGAAGGGAUAGUGGCGGCUGUUGGACACAGGGAAGAGGCUCUGCGCUGGCAGCCCUGGUGUUCAGGUGAAUUAAGAGUGGAAGGAAGCAUGCUUGGAAUUUUUCUGUUUACCCUGAGACUUGAGGGAGCACUACAGGUUUUCCUUGUGGGCUGGGUUGGCUUGGGUUCUGGCAGAGGGUUCUGUGACUGUAAAGGAGGGAGAUUGUGCACAGAAAGUGAGCUAAAAGCAAACUGGCAGUUGUGUUACUCUGAGGCUGGCAUUGUGGCUCUGGCUGCCUGAGUCGCAGCCGGUGAUACUGUCUUUCGAGUGGCCUUAAUAAACCUUUUUCUUUUUUUAUUCCACUUAGGAAACAGGGUUAUACCUGAAUGUAACUUUUGUUUCUAGAGUUAGAAUGAUUUUAUCCUUCCUUCCUUGUGUCUGAAGAGAGAUCAGUUUGCCUUGCAAGCUGACUUUGUGUGGUAUAUAGUGUUUAUACACAAGUACACCCAUGUUUGGGUUUAAUUUUAGCUCUGAUCACUGUUCCAGAGGUGACACGUAGUACUGUCAGAGAAUGGGGUACCCUUUUGCUUCUACUUGAGGGUGUGUGUGCUCAUGUGUGUGCUUGCCACCUUACCUGGCACACGGCAAAGACCUGGCUACGUACGCGUGCACCACUCUGUCUGGGAAGACCAUAAUAACAGCAAGGUAAGGAAUGGGCGCUUCCUGCCCAUAGAACACCGCGGGUCACGUCCACAGCUUCCCUUCUGGCACAGUGAACGGCUGGAGCACAGGUCUUGAGCUGCUUCAGAGAGAUUCUGUCUAAAGGUACUGGGACGCCUUUAGCGGUUGUGGUCAUGGAAAGGGAGAUAAGAUGGUGGAGUUCCUCUGCGGACCCCAGCAGCCAGGAUGCAGGCAGUGAUUUUGGCUGCGUUGUGUAACGCGAGACCUGCCAGUACCGGCUUACGAGGAAAGAGCUUGUAAUCAUCCUGGGCCUCCCUGUUAGCCAAGCCAAGUACUGUGAAAAUCAGUCAAUACUGUGAGAAUAAGAGUUUAUCUGGAGUCUUUUGUACUCUGUCGUGUUUUUUUAUAUACGAGAAGAAUAUAUCCAACAUCUCUGUGCUUGCACACAUCACGUAUGGGAGAUGCUGUGGUUCAGUAACGCGGCAGCCACCAUUGCUGUUACUGCAGGGAGGGAGGGAAGCGCCACGGGUGGCUGCUGCCUUGCGUCUUUGGGCAAGAGGAUCAAGGGAAGGGUAUGUACAGCUCAGCCUGUGACUAAGGCAUCACCUAAUAGUGAAGAGCAUAAAAACUAUUUUUAAAUUGCUGGCAUUCAGCUUUUAAGUGCACUUUCCUGACCAACACUUCAAUUUCUUGUUAGUCUUCAAGUUUCUAAAGCUUUUUUGUGUACCACUAAACCAGAGAACUUUUAACUUUUUGUGAAACGGAUGUACAACAAAUUACUGCAGUUGUUCAAUAAACAAACUGAUAACAGUGAGUGUGCAGAUCUCCUUAAACGUGGUAUGAUUGUUUCCGUUUAGGCUUUAAUUUACUCGCUAUUGGUGCUGCUGCUGGUUGCAUUUUGUGGCUCCUGCCACAGCCUUAAAAGUGUUCUAAAAUACUUCUAUUUGCUGCCCCAUCGUUUGUCUUUGUGCAGCAGGUUGUUAACGUGUGCUCUUCUUAAUUCCUUAGGUUCAGUACUGCGUUUUAAGCCUUUCUGCAGCGCCGUUCUGUAAGGAUGUGUUCCCAUUCCUAGGUGGUGACGGAGGGUCAGGCCCUUUCCUCUCCCCAAGCGCAAUUCCCAGCGCUGUCUCAGUGGACCUGGUUCUGCCCCGAUAUUGUAGGCAUAACUUAAUGUGAUGGGACCCCCUCAGAGCAGUGGUUUGGGACGCAGCGUACUGAGCUGCCUCAGAGGAAGACCAGCCCAUGCUGCUGGAGCAGCACCAUUCAGACGCUGUGCUGCCCUCCCUGCCCCUCCGAGCUCCCACCUGCGUACCUCCGGGGGAGACAGAGGGAGGUCACUCCCAGUAAACAGCCCAGGGACUUGGAUUUAUUUACAAGCUCAGUCUGUACAGAAAAGACCACCAUACAGCUCGGUAAAUUUUGUCAGUAAUAAAACCAAACAGCUUUGCAGUCCUGCUCCAGUAAAAACUGUGACAGUUGUUAGACUUUACGUACAAAACACAUCCCCACACUGCACUUCAAUACACAAACACACUCGUGGACUAUUACUGUUCUCGAGUGACUGGAAAGGGCUUUUGUACUUGGCAGGUUGCUUGUCAGGCGUCAGUAGUAAUGACUAGUGCACUUGAAACUUGCUUGGCUGUCAAGUUUAAAGGGGAAAUCAGUGUUUACAAGGAAAGGCUCAGCGGUCUGGGAGCUGAAUCGUAAAUGCAGUCAGU